GCCGAUGCCGGUGGUAGCUGGAGGCGAUGGUGGUAACAUUCGUUGUCGCUCCUCCUGCUGUUACGUUACGUUCCACCGGGACCAAUUAUCAUUUAAGCCGGGGAGUCUCUGGUAGUUGAGUCGCAACGGCAGCCUACUCGUAAAUCGAUCAGGAAUUCUAUCAGUGGCUUUAUAGUUCGCGAACCCUUAUAUUCCUGGAAAUAUCGUCAUCGGGAAUUCCUUGGAUCUCAGUACGCAGUACCAGAGCAUUAAACCUGCUACCAGUGGGUAUAAUUCAUCGAAAUUCAAAAGGACGACGGAUAUUAUUUUAUUUAUUAUUAUUAGUUAUAUUAUUUAAUUAAAAAACUUGCUAUUAGAUCAAAAUUUUUGAAAAUGUUCAUCAGGGAUAACGUGCGUGGUAUCCCAAAGUGAACUGGUACCAAAGUUUAACUGAAAGGUGUUUAACAAGAGCGUGUUCAUUGUUUAUAACGUGACCAAACAUUUUUUACUGUCCUUUUGAAUCAAAACAAUUUUAUUUCGUCUGUGUGGUUCAUGUCUUUGACUACGUCGGGUUGCUAUCGGUACCGAGUGCUGAAUUCGCCUGAAGAUUCCUUUGAUAUGAAAGAUGGUGAAAAUGAGAACGGAGGUACUCGUCGUUGAUGAGGGACUGACGGAGGAGGAAUCAGUCCUGGCGAAGAUGGAUGCGGAGGAAAAUUACGGCGUCGAGGCAGAGUUGACAAGUUUAUCAUGGCUGCAAUCGCUGGACAUAACGAGUGCGUCAAAUCUACCGACGCCACCUUGUUCGCCGUCGCCGCCGCUACCGCAUCCGCAACCCCAAUCCUCUGUCGCUCAUCAUCCGCCGAAGAAGAUGUCUCCUUUGCUCAAGGCCGAACUAGAUCUCGUGGAGAACGGCGAAAAGUACCGGACAGACUCUGACGCUAAACCACCCUUUUCCUACGCCACCCUGAUCUGUCUUGCUAUGCGAGCAAAUAAUAAUAAAUUAACCCUGUCCAGCAUCUACAGAUGGAUUCGGGAAAAUUUCAUGUAUUACAAGCAUGCGGAUCCAGCCUGGCAGAAUUCAAUACGUCACAAUCUCUCGCUGAAUAAAUGCUUCGUGAAACUUCCUCGUACAAAGGAUGAACCAGGCAAGGGUGGUUUCUGGAAGUUGGAUCUAGAGCGUCUAGAGGAAGGUCGACGUUCCAGAAGAAGAGCCUCCUCCCGGCGUAACGGUGGUGCCAAGACUAGAAUCACACCGAAUACUCCAGUCACAUCAAUACUCUAUGAGACUCCACCAAGCAGCGUCUCACCACCGAUUCCCGAUAGUCUACCUGAAGUACCUGAGUCUACGCAAGUGAGUCUCAGCGAAGAUGACCUUACCGGACUCCUUAUCGCCACCGUUGGCUGGGACGAGAAUCAGUUGGAUCUUUUGGAUUCUCUAUUGGAUUCACUUUAAGAAGUUGUGACAGGUAUUUUUCAGAAAAAUUUUUUCUGUGAGGAUCCAAGCAAAGAACUAGAAUUAUACUCGUGCGGAUUAGGUGUGGAUGAAUUGUGCGUACUUUGAGAUGUAAGUUUGCCUUAAGUUGGGUGUUAAAUAAUCGGCGGGCCCGAAAAAGGUUCAUUGGCCAGGUCAACUUAGAUAAGGUAUACCUAGAGGAAGUCCGGGGUAAGAUGGGUCCAGUGGGUCAAGACGAGCUACCCGUAAAAUGAUUCGAAGAUCAAUCAUCAUAUAUUUUUGGAUUUGCUCUGACGUCAUUAUUCCCUUAAGAAACCGUCUCUCACUCCACCACUAUAUGCCUAGAGACUUCUCAGGCAUUCAUAUAUCGUAUGAAAAACAUUGAGUAUAUAUAGCUGGAUGUUGAAAAUAUCAAACAGGCUCACGUUUCAGGUAUUUUUAGAUAAUGCGUACAACCUCUUAAUUAUAAGAGAAUAUCAGAAUUAUGCUAUAACAAGUGAAUGAAGACAGUCGUCCAGAACAAUGGAGAAUCCUAUUUAAAAAAAGUCGAAAGCACCAUUAAUCAAAGAAAGAAUAAUAAAACAAUAACGUUGACACUAACGGCGUCUGCUCAAGACUCUUUCUUUCAACAUCCAAGUUAUCAUAUACAGAUAAUACAGUCAGUAACGUUAACGUUAGCCGUACAGUAGUUAAUUUCCGACAUUAUAAUGAAAUGCAUAAAGAGAAAAAGAGAAAGAGAGGGACAGAGUAUGGUAACCGAUCAAACAUAUUACCUAUUACAAUGUACAUUAAUGAAAUGAUAGAAAAUUAAUAGUCGGUGUGAUAAAAGUUUGAAUUGGUGUUUUUCCGCUCUAGUUCACGCCUUGUAAAAAAAUCCGUCCAAAUAUUCAGAGUCGUUAUUUACAUUUUGAAUCAUUAUGUUCGAUGAUGGAAUAUCCGCCCACAUAACGCAAAACACACGUUUGUGCUAUGUGGACUAAGUCAAGGGAUUACCCAUACAAGACAGAACAUCCGAACGACAUUCGAAUUAUGUCUGCAAUGUCCUACUGACGUCCGUUGAAAAAUGAUAUGCGUGAUACAUACCGUAGACGUCUUAUGCAGAUGUUCUUAAACACGACGCGGUAUGACAUCUUUAGAAUGUCGUUUUAAUGUCGGCAUUUAUGUUGCCUAUUAUUCUUUUUUUACCAUUUGCUAUUAUUAUUAUCAUAUAAUUUAUAGUUAUUAACUACAAUACCAUUUGGGAACCUUACGCACCUAUACACCUAUCAGCAGAUCCGUUACUUUUAACGCGUCUAACUUUCAUUGUUGUGUUAUUUCAUAAGUUAUAUUACCUUCGAGAAAUGCUCAUAGGACGGCUUCUCGCGGCUUAAGACCACCAAUGUGCGUGCCGGUACAUGGCCGAUGACUGCGCCAUCUACCUUAUAAGAAUAUCUUAUUUGUAUGAAGCAAAUUGUCAGAUGAAUGUUAGAAAUGCAUCCUAUGAAUGACAGGUAGGAUGUGCAAAAAACGGACACAAAGACAUCCGUAGGUGGGACAAACAUACUUCUAAAUGACAUCUGCAAGAUGUCAUUUGAAGAUUUACGGGUGUCUAUCGUAAAUCAGUAAUGGCGAUUAACGACGUCUGUAUGACGUAUUUCUAACAUCCCAGUGUUGUGUGGGUAGUUGCAUCCUUAUAGUCAGUUCUUCACUUUCGGUUAAAAUUUAACCUGCGAAUAAAUCCCCAGCUAACCAAUCAUUUUCAUGUUUUAGGAGUUUAUCCGCAAGUUAAAUUUUAUUGAAAAGUGAAGAAACUGGCCUUUAAUUUUUUUAAACAAUUAACGCGUACGUAUGUGGGUAUGUAUUAUUAUUUUUAAUGACAGUUUGAUGAUGUACGACUGCCAUUAUUAUUAUACCUUUAUAUCGUAAGACCGUUAUUAGUCAAGUUUAUAUGUAAAGAUAAUGCACAUUGGAGUGUGAGGAGUUGUGAGUAUGAAUUAUAUGUAUAGUGACAAUGAAUGGGGAAUGUGAUAUUUGUUUGUCAUUCGAUAUAAAUGGUAUAAAGCAGUCGAGUGCAUUUUUUUGACUGUAGCAGUAACUCAUUUUUAUUACGCAUAUAUACAGUUAUUAAAUUAUAAUCUGUUGUAGCUCUGGUAUAGUAAUUGAUAAUAUGAUAUGGUACAUACAUAAUAUAGUCAUCUCUCAAGACACCUUUGACUGUCCCUAUGAUAAUUAAUAUUAAUGAAUCACUAGCAAUCGCGUGCCUUGAAGUAAACAAGAGUUUUAUUCUUUGUAUAUUAUAUGGGUAAUACCAUGACGCAAUACUGCAACUUAUAUCUAUAAUAUUCAAUACGAACGUGCUCAAUGCAAUGUGUUAAGAAUUUCGAUUUGUAUCCUUAUAAAGCGAUAGCAUGAAAAUAAAAAAGUGAAGCAUA